AUGGAGGAAGAACCGUCAGAAAGCUCGUUAAGCUUACCAAUUUCCAGGAUCAAGAAACUCGUCAAGCUUGAUCCUGAGCACGUUUCAUCAACAGAGUCAGCCAAUUAUCUACUGGGAGCUGCAACAGAACUUUUCAUCAUGAAUCUAGUAGAACAGGCCUCAUUCCAUGCCAAAUCACAGAAGCGCAAAAAAAUCGCAUACUCCGACUUUUAUGAGGUGGUCCACAGCAACGAUAGCCUGCUGUUCAUGAAGGACCUGGUGCCGAAGACUGUUCCUCUACAGCAGCUUGUGAAGGAACACAAAGUAGUGUUGGAGACAAAGUCAAACGAAGAUGACACUAUAGACGAUGACUCUGGAGUUUCGACGCCGCAGCCAGCCCAGCCAAAGCAGCAGACCCUACCUUUUGUGCUCAAGAAAGACGAGGACAAACCAGAAGAUGCCGUUACGAUCAGUUAAUCAAUCUUUAUAUAUGUACAUUUACGCUCUCUCGAUAUAGUCCUCUGUGCGCGGAUGUUUCACCUCACCGGUCUCAAUAUACUCCUUCACCUUAUCAAACAAGAACCUACCAUCUGUAACGCUCGAGUAGCCAUCAAAGGUAUUCUUUGGAAUGACUGCGUUUGAUGACACCAGCGGCUUCAAACUAAAGUCGGUGAGAUUAGGGGGUGCCACAAAAGUACGCACACGUUGGUAGUCAAUGUUAUAUGUUCCCCACUUGUUCAGACGUCCUAUACCCGACGAUCUGGUACCCUUGUAGAAGUUUUUGUUCCCUUGCUUUGUGGUCAGAGGAACCCUCUUGUUUCCUGUCUUCGUCAUGCCGUAGAAAAGCGUGCCAUCUCUGUACGUCUUCCAUGGGCGACGCAGCAAAACCGACUGCGUCUCCUGGAAAUGCAAGAC